UCAUCCAUCUGCCGCUAUCGUCUUCGUUCGUUGUUCGUGCUUCGCACAAGCUGUGACGGUUUCAAUCAAGACGCCGGUCGGGCUAUCGCUCCUAUAGCGAAAGACCUGGUUGGUUGCUUUUUCCCUCUUUUAUUCUGUACAUACAAUUGCCUCCCCCAUUGCCACUUUGCGCCUGUACUGGAAUUUUACGUCUCGUAUAAACAACCAUCUUGUGCUAUCAUCACCAUUCCCGUAUUCAUUCAUAUGAUACGUACACACAUUCUUUUAGCUCCAUUUUUCUUCUCUGGUUGCUGUUGUGUUUUUAGUUUCGGCAUCCCUGGCAUUUGUUGUCCUCUUAUCCCCACCUCUCCGGUUCUGUGCAGGAUCAUUGAGAGGGCGAGCGGAGAGAGAGAGGGCGCCGCGUCUGCGUGGAUGGGAGAUCAUUAUGUGGACGCCAUGGGCAAAGAAUCAUCCAUUGGUCGCAACGACAGAGGAAACGGGCAGCAUCUUCGCGGUUGUUGGCGGGCAUCCUUUAUUCCCAUUCAUCCUGGCGCAAAGAUCGUAUCGAUUAUAUAUUGGACGAUUGUCCUUCUGCUGAUACAUAGAUAUACGUAACGAAUGCAUUCAUGUCCUUGUAUCACUAUCGGGUGAUCAUCAGUGUCAUGAAUUUAUUCAAAAAGCAGGAUGUUCUGAUGACUAGUGG